AUGAUUGUUGUAAUAUCACUUGCGAUAAUUUUUCUCCUUUUUAUCAUCAAUUAUGAGCUAAAAAGACAACAAAAGUUAAAAUUAUUCAAACAUAUUCCUGGUCCGAAAGAAUAUCCAAUUGUUGGAAAUUUAUUCAGCAUUCGACGUGAUCAAUGUUCUGACAUUGAAAAACUCGCAGAUGUCUUUAAUAUUGCUCCCAUGAGCAAAUUUAUCUUUUUCAACCAAGUUUAUAUCUCGAUAAGUGAUCCAACGAUCAUUCAACAUGUCCUUACAAGUCCGCAAUUUCACAAAAGACCGGCGAUUUUGAAGUUUUUCGAGAUGGAAAAUGCACUUUUUACAACAAAAUAUGAAAUUUGGAAGCCGUUACGAAAACAAUUGAAUCCCGCAUUCAGCCAAAAGUCAAUACAUUCCAUGCAACCUAUGAUGAUUGAACAUAUAACGAAAUUUACGGAGGAAAUUGGUUCUCAUGUUGACAAAGAAGCCUUUGAUGUGUCUACUUUAGUAGGAAGAUUCGAAGUUGGACAAAUGUUCAAAACGAUGCUUGAUUGCGACUUCAUCCCCGAUGACGAAUUUGUCAAUGCAUUAGCAGAAGGAACGGAUAAUGUGAGUAAAAGAGCCUCAGAUCCUAUACUUUUCUUCGAUUACUUCUACGAACGAUCAGAAAUUGGCAAGAAAAUACGAAGAUCUCACAAUGCCGCGAACAAAGUUUUACGCGAUUUUAUUUUACCAAAUUUCGAGGAGCGAAGAAAAUUGGCGCAACAAAAGGAAUCACGAUCUCACAUGAAUCUUCUCGACUAUUUGCUCGUUACGAAAAAGGAUGGAAGGUUCCUGACUUAUGACGAAAUUGAAGAAAAUAUUAAAUCUGUGUUUAUGGCUGCUAUUGACACAUCAACACACACAAUAGCGUUCACUUUGUUGAUGCUCGCCAUGCAUCCCGAUAUCGAUCGGAAGGUUUUCGAAGAGAUUUCGAGUGUUUAUCAACCGGGAGAUGCCUUAGAUGCGGAUAUUGUCAAGAAAAUGACGUACUUAGACAUGGUUGUGAAGGAAAUUUUGCGACUUUUUGCCAUUGCGCCGGUCACUAUGCGCGAAAGCUUGGUCGAUACGCAUGUUGAUAAAGUUGGUUCUAUUCCGAAAGGCGUCACUUUCUUCAUUACCAUGUUCAAACUCAACCGAAAUCCGUUAGUUUGGGGUCCUGAUGCGAACAAAUUCAAUCCCGAGCACUUUAAUGAAGAGAAUUCCGCUAAACGUCAUAUUUAUAACUUUGUUCCAUUUGGCGGCGGUACACGUGGAUGCAUUGGAAUGACAUUUGCGAAUCUCAAUAUACGUAUGGCACUCGCAAAAGUUCUUGUUUCUUACAGAUUCGAGACUUUGUUGAAGUUUGAAAACAUAAAGUUGAAAUACGGAGUCUCGACGAAGUUAAAUGUGCCGUAUUUGAUGAAAGUUUUUAAGAGAUAA